AUGCGAAGAUCUUUAAAAAAGAUCGAAAGAAAAUUAAGUCAAGCACGAGAUUUUACUGCAAAUUUCAUACGUAGUAAUAGUGCUUAUCAUUAUGAUUAUCAUAAUACACAUGUGUCUUCAGUGACUUCAUCAAAUUUAUCUGAUGAUGAUGACGAUAAUGAUGCUGUAUUCGGACCAACAACACCAGUCGAUGAUAGAUCGUCUACGGAUGAUGUUCGAAGAACGUCAGAAACACUUAUUCCUUGUGAAUUUUGUCAAUUGCAACAAUCAGCUGAUCAAGAUAGAUGUUAUAAAUAUUUUAAUGAAUUAAAAACAUGGGAAGCAUCUAGAAUUCAUUGUCGUGCUCAAUAUGCUGAUUUAUUUACAUGGCGUGAUAAUCAUGAUGAACAAUUUAUUCGACCUGUUAUAUUAAAUUGGAUAUCUACACCUCUUUUUAUACAUAUAUGGUCUACGAUAUUGAAGCCAAAACCAAAUCAACCAUAUCUUGCAUGGGCUGGUGCUAAGAUAACUUCAUUAAAACCGCAUACUAUUCAAUGGAUGGAUCCUGAUGGACUGAAACUAGACUUGACUAGUACAGAAUGGUGUGAUCCAACAUAUCAUGCAGGUUAUUCAUUACAAAAAGAACCAACAUCAGGAACUAGACAAGGUCCGAAUGGUACUGAACGUGAAGAAUGUGUUACAUACAAUUUUGGUUCUAAAGGUACAAGUUUUCUCUGCUUAUCAGAUGAUUACUGUAGUCAAAAAUAUCCAUUUAUUUGCGAAAUGAAUGCUGCUAGUAUGAAAUUAGCAACAUCUACGCAUCAUGGUACUAAUAAUGGUGGCAUUUCAUCCGGAACAGAUGAAGGUACUUCAUCUGGAACAGAAGGUGAUACAAUCGAUUUUGAAGAACCACCACCCCCUCCACCAGAAGACCCUGACUUUAGUCCACAACAUCUUGGUUUAGAAGCAGCAGCUCUUAAAGACGAACCAGGUUUUCUAACAACGACAAAUAUAAUUAUAAUUGCUAUUGUAGGAGUAAUUCUUAUUGUUGGAGCCAUCGCUGGAUAUAUAGUUAUAAAAAAUAAAAAAGCAAGUACACGUAAUCCAACUGGUGACAAUGGAGGUGUAUCUCAAGGUAGACCAAGUGUUGCUAGUUCAAUUGGAAGCAUGGUAGAUGAAUAG